AUGAAUAUCAACCUCUGGCAGGGCAUGUUUAGAGUGCGCAACAUGCAGCUCUCGCCCCUCAUCUUUAUGUUUUCCCAUGUGUCGGACACUCGUGUUUUGACGUUUGGCCUAGUGUGCAAGCACAUCCGCCAGACCGUGCCCCAGGCGACAGCCAUAGCGCCCAAUACUCGCGGCCACAUAUUUCUGAACCAUCUGAUACCCGACUACAUUAAGAUCAACCGUGCAGUGCUCGGCAAACAUUCCGGGCAAGACACCAUUCUAGCUGGGGACAACAUGGGCGGUGCGGUCAUGGCGCAUGCCACGGCACCAAGAAGACUCUUGCCAAUCCGCAGCCUGGUUCUUAUCGAUAUUGUCAAAGCCACGGCUCUGGACUCGCUGCAUGUCAUUCUUCUCGGGUCUGUGCCGUUACUCAUUGUGCAGAAUGGCAGCAGAUGGUCGUGGAAAACGCAGUCGAUGCCCACAAAACAGUGUUGGCGAGGAUGGUACACGGGGCUGUCAAGGACGCUUGUCAGUGCGCAGACUGCCAAGCUGCUGAUUCUUGCUGGGUUAGACAGGCUGGAUAAGGAGCUGCUGAUUGCGCAAAUGCAGGGCGAAUUCCAGCUGGAGCUUCUGCCAGCUGCCGGCCACGCCAUUCGGGAGAACCUACCCGAUAUGGUUGGCGACGUCGCCACACUGUUUUGGAAACGCAACUAG